GCCGAUUGCGCUUCUCUUAUUAUUUAGGACUCUACGGCUGAGUACAUGUGGUUUAUUUUUAAAGCUCUGAUAUGAGCACGCAAGAGGAUUUGGAUUUUGCACAUCAAGUAUACAAAAAUGAUCCAAUCUUAUUUAAAAGUUAUGUCGGAAAGAAGAUUAAGAUAAUGAUGAAGGAUAAAAACGUUCACUAUGGCGUUGUUUACACGGUCGAUCCGGUAUCAGAGAGCGUUGUUCUUCUACAGGCAGAAACAUCUACGCAAUAUCAUCUUAAAAUAAUAUUCAAUCACGCCAUAAAAAAUAUCGAAGUAACGUCGGAAGCCGAAGUACUCGUGCCGGAACUGUUUUCAUUAUCGCCCGCAAACCUUUCAGAGGUGACGGUUACUAAAAGGAAGAAUAUUGUUAUGCAAUUAUUAUUGGACAAUCGAUUUCCAGUUAAAGAGGAGGAUGAUAUUUUAUUCAUAGAAGAUACUGUAUCAAUAAAACCCCCAUAUUAUCCCGAAAAUUGUAAUUGUACUAAUAGUAUUAUUCUUAACAAAGUACAGAGUAUUUUAACGCAUGUAAAUGUUGAAUAAAAUCAACGGAAUCGAAACGAAAACAUAUUCUAAGAAUACUAUACCUUAUCACGAAACAAACGCAAUAUUCUUUGAAUCUUUUGAUCAAUUUAGAGUCCAAAAAAAAUUUCAACGACAAUUUUCAUUUUCAUUAUUGCUAUUACUAUUAUAUAAUUCAAUAUUAAUGAAUAAUUUUAGAUUGUCAAUAUACACUGUAUGCACACAUUAAAUUGUAUGAAAAGGUUUUAAUAAAGCACAGUUUGUAGUAAUGAUA